AUGCCGCUGGGGCUGAGGGGCAAGAAGAAGGGCAAGUCCAAGGAGACGUCCACGCUGGUGGAGGGCGAGGCGCCCUUAGCGCGAGGGCGAGGCGACGACCGCGAGGACGACAACGCGAGCGCCCCAGCCGGGGCGGCCGCCGCCCCCGCGCGCCCGGGCCCCGUGCGGCUGGUCUUCCACGCGCAGCUGGCGCACGGCAGCCCCACGGGGCGCGUGGAGGGCUUCGGCAGCGCGAGGGAGCUGUACGCGAAGAUCGCCGACGCCUUCCACAUCGCCCCGGCCGAGAUAAUGUUUUGCACUUUGAAUACACACAAAAUUGAUAUGGAUAAGCUCUUAGGAGUGCAGAUUGGUCUUGAAGACUUCAUAUUUGCUCAUGUAAAAGGAAUAAAAAAGGAAGUAGAAGUUUUCAAAUCAGAGGAGUCACUUGGGCUUACCAUUACUGACAAUGGAAAUGGAUGUGCUUUCAUAAAGAGAAUUAAAGCAGGAAGUCUUAUUGACCAAAUAAAACUGAUAUGUGUUGGUGACCACAUAGAAUCUAUAAAUGGAAAAAGUGUAGUGGGCUACCGUCAUUAUGAAGUUGCUAAGAAAUUAAAGGACUUGGAGAAGGGCCAAACAUUUACACUAAAACUGAUAGAGCCAAUGAAAUCAUUUGAUAUGAUUGAACCAAGGUGCAAAGGUGGAAGUUUUGCAGAGGGAAAAAUAGCCAGAGGGAGAGAGACUCUUCGACUGAGAUCCAAAGGCCCUGCUACACUGGAAGAAAUGCCUUCAGAUGUUGAAGAAAAAGCUACCAAAAAGGUAGAUGACCUUCUGGAAAUGUAUAUGGGAAUAAGAGAUCUCGAACUAGCUGCAACAAUGGUAGAGGCUGGAAAAGGCAAGAACAACCCGGAUGUCUUUGCAGUUGCACUUGAUGAAGCUUUAGGAGACUUUGCAUUUCCGGAUGAAUUUGUCUUUGACGUGUGGGGAGCCAUAGGUGAUGCAAUGCAAGGACGAUUAUAAUGAGAAUCCCAAUUGUGUCAAUCAUCCAGAGGCAGAAAACAUGCAGCCAUAUACAUGGCAUGGGAUAUAUAACUUGUCUGCUGAGUAGAAGUAUUUGAAUAAUCAGAAUAUUGGAUAAAUAAUGUUUGGCAGUCAUACACUUGUCUUUCAGAGUGAAGAUGGAUUCAUAACUGUACUGUAGCAAAGCUUUUAUCCUGAUGUAGCAUUUAACUUAAAAUGCCCAUUUGAAUUCUUUGCAAAACAGUAUUCUUUGGGUACUCACCUGGCAUAUUAAUUUUUCUGACAGUCAAGAGGUUAUCAUAACAAUCUUAUAAAAUUGAUUGCAUUUCUGAUAUCAAAAGAAAUAUUGCUAGGAGUUGCUGAAGUUGAGCAAAAUUUAAUUGAAGAAAGAACUGCUAAUCCACAUCCUCUUUUUCAUAAUUCUUUCACAUGUCUUCCCCAUGGAUAUGGUGUUUUAUUUCCACCCCUUCUUCCCUUAAAACAGUACUUUAUGCGAGGGAUUCUGUGAGGAUAGGGGAAGACCAUAGUAUAAAGGAGAGGUCAUUGAUUGCUGGGGUAAAAUUCAUGCUUUGAACAUACUCAUUCAGUCUCUGAUGCCUCUGGUUAAAGGAACUUGGAAAGGGCUGGAGAUGUCAGAGACAUUGAAAACUGCUGCCAGUCAGAGUAAACAAUACUGAAUUAGAUAGUUUAUCAGUAUAAAGUAAUGUCUUAUUUUAAAUGUUUAUGUUAUUGUACAGCCAUCAGAAAAAAUAUUAACUAUGUUUACAAUGGUAUUAUUAAGAAUAAAAGUUGUAGAACUUUGGCACUUUU